ACACGUACAUGUAUAGAGAGUCGCACGUGCCGGUUCAUCUUCGACUGAUCUAGAAGACUAGACGUUCAGUAUUUAAACUAAGCUGAUAAACAGCCAUCAUAUUUGUCGUGUGGAGACGAGCAGCUAUUUCAAGACCAUGUUUUUCGUGAAAGCAGUCCGAGAUUAAUUCCCAGACAUUACACGGAGUUACGUCCCUUCAACUGUAUGCAGUAAGAUCCUAAAAUAGAACAAGUGUGCACACAGGUUCGAGCAUGACCACUAGUUAAUAUUUAAAGUACAGACUUCUGUGUUUACAAACAUUCAGCGGGCAACGUGUGUCAGUGGACUUGAUGCGUUUUCAUCCUGACAAAAUACUUUGGAAAUAAUAUUAAAUAUUGUAUUAGAAACAAACGAACGGAGUAAUAUUUAAAGCGCGAAAAUCUGGAAUUAAUGCAAAAAAAAAAAAAACAACAUUUUUUGACAUUAGAACAAAAAAUUGAACAUAGGUGCAAACGCAACAUUGCUUUACACUGGCCAUUCGAUGGGAUUUCUGGCGGGAUCGGAUGACGUUACAAGUUUGCAUGACACACGGUAUUAUUUUUAGACGUUCCCGCGAGUGUAUCUGCCUUAGGAAGGGGCAGCGCUGAUGCCUAGUGUAUGAUCCGAUUGCAGACGAAUAUCUCUGUGCCUUAGUUAUAGUAUUUUUUUUUAUCAAGCUACGUCACUUUGAAACGAGAUUUCACGUGACCACGGAAUACACAUAUUUUGAUCAGCUGUGAAGUGUAAACAGACAGACGGUCCGAUGGAGUCGGACUACAUCUUAUGAAUGAGAUCCCAGCCUUGCAUGGGCUUCAUUUGUCAAAAUGCAUUAAUUAUUUUACAGUCUUCUGGAAAACCAAAUCCAUCCAAUGUUUUUGGACAAUAUGGAUCAGACGGAUGCUUGCAAUGAUUUUCUGGAUCCAUGUGAUUUGGAAGUAAUCAAUGUGAACUCGAUCACUGACGAGAAACUGCGGUCAGCCACCCUCGAGUCCCUGGAGACGGGCAAGAUCACACCCCUUCUCAAGGAGGAGCUUAAGUGUAGGAUCCUCACACGCUGUUUGGAGGAGGGCAAGGAACUGUCCCCAGAAAGGGCCAUCAAAAUACAACCACGGAAGGACAAGUUGAAACCAGAUGAGAUGAUGAAGCUGGAAAAAAGGCGAGAACAGAACAGAAGGGCGGCGAGGAAGUUCCGGAUGAAGAAACAUAAAACUACAAAGAUACUGCAACAGGAGUCGGACGUCUUGGAAUGUAAGAACAAGGAUCUCCAAGAUGACAUCCAAACCUUACUAAAGCAGAAGUUUCAUCUCCAGAACUUGUUGUCGGAGCACGAAUCCAGGUGUCGACUCACUCCCGUCUCGGAGAGGCUUUCUCCCGUGUCGGAUCGACAUACACCUAUCUCGGAACAGGACCUGUCUCCCAUGGAUGAUUACCGGAUUUGUCCGAUCGCGACACACGCGUUACCUCCCCAAAACUUCAACAUGGACUUACCGUAAAUCCGUGAACGACUCGCAUAUCAUUAAAUUUCUUCAUCAAGUCAUCAGUAAGCAUUGUCGAAAACGUAAAAUGUCGCAAAGUCCUUUCCUUGUGACUACUAUUGGAUGAGAGGUUUUGACUAUCUACGUAAUAUAUAAAUCUUCAAAUGGACACUAUUUCCGACAAUGUCAGUUCAACAACUCUCGCCAACUCUCGUUUUCAUUUUCAUUUAUAUUCAUUGACGUUCAUUCUGAAGAUGACAACACGUGUAUUCCAUACAUGGAUAAUCUGAACACAGGUAAUAUCCAGGGACGAAAAGACACCUGCAAUGAUCUCAUACGAUAUUUUUGGAAUGUCAUAACCUUUACAUAAAUGAGUAUAAUCUUGGUGGGUUUUCCACAUAACACUUUUUAAUAUUGACGACUUUUUCGUUCAUUUUUUAAAAGAAAAUCGCACAAUUGUAUUUGUAUUUUAAGGAAUCUGUAUUAAUGUAAUGAGUAAGUUCUUAUGAGACCACUGUAUACUCGUAACAUGUUCCCGCUGGUCCAGUGAUGUGUACGUGUAGUGUUGAGAUGGUGUAGGAAUGUCGGUACUGUGACAAACCAGGCUACAACAAACAGUGAUAUAUAUUAACCAUUCUCCAUUAUUCUAAUACUGCAAUCACUGACAAACGUUAUCCCUCCUUAAAAUUACAGGGCGUUGACUCCAGCUAGAAUUAUCGAGAAAGGACUUCUCGGGAUUACUUUCUGAUUACUUUAACCUGUUUGUUUCAGUUUGAAAUUGCUUUGUCUUUUUUCUUCAAAGAUAACAAUUGAAGAUAAAAUAUUGGCAAUUCAAACAGCGCUCGUUUGUUGUGAUGUAAUUACGGAUUGGAGGCUAAUGCCGGUGAUGCGGGGUGUCUCCUGAAUCCCAUAACAAGGUUUCCCGCAGUUUGGUUGCCCCUCCUGAUUGAAUUAUCUAAUUGGAGAUUGACUCUAAUGACAUUGUAAUUAGACACAGUCUUAUCGUCCCCAUCAAUAACUCUCAGUGUCUUUAUGGAUUUUUUUUUCUAUUGGAUAAAAUGCAAAGUUAGAAAGAAAAAAAUCAGAGAAGGUUUUUUUUUCCGUGAAUGGAAAGUGAGAAACGCAAUAUUGUAAUGUACAUUUGUGUGUUACAGAGGAACAAAUCCUAACAAAAUAUAUCAAUGUUAAUUGGAAGUGUAUUUCAUUCAUGUUCUGAUGAUAAUUUGUGUAACAACUACAAAACAUAGCACUCCAUUAUGAUACACUUAACGAGCAGUGAAACCAGAGCAUGAGUUUAUUAUGGUACGACGAUAAUGCGUGUCGUAACGGCUCAGUGACCAGAUAUGUGAACCUGAGAAUUCUAGUGGACAUUGUGAUAUUGGUUACAUUGUAACUGACCAAGAAAGGUUGGUGAGAUAGCUUGUAGUCCACACUUCACAAAUGCUCAUACUUUUGUAGAUAAUGUUUUGUAGAAUCCUACCUAUUGUGUACUGUACUAGUGAGUUAAGGAAGGGCGUAUGUACCGGAAGUAGUUCUGCCCCGGAAGAAUUACUGCCACGUUAUGACGUGGCACCAUCAGGUGACAAUGCUUUAAACUUCCCAUUUGGUGACUGUACAGCAGACACGAAAAUCACGGGUAAACCGGCUAGUCCUUCCCGAUCGUUGUGGUAAUGGCAUUCCCUAGUGACGGCGAUCCAAAUGUCUAACAAACCGAUAAUUGUCGCCUUCAAAUGGGAGUUAGUAUUGACAUCUUUGUGCCGAUAAUUUUCUUCUUCAGAGUCGAGAUCGCGACGUAGUUCGCACAUUCUUGUUUUCUACAAGAACGUCGAUUUGUAACGAUUGGACAUAAUAUUAUUAUAAAAAUACAAGUUACCAGAAACAUUGCCAUUCCUGACCACUUGAUCACUAUGGAAUUGUGGUAACUACUUCCGGUUUAUGUUGUAUUCCUAGUUGUACUGAUAUAAGGUCAGUUCCGGUUUUCGUGAGCGAUUUCCUGAUUAGCUACCUCGGUUAUUUUGAAUGGUAUUUACUGAUUUGGCGUUUAGUCGGAACGCAUCUGUUUACCACAUUGGUACUCGUCAGAUAUGUUCAUUCAUUGACUUGUUUCCAUUCACUAUUGUACGUAUGUCGACGGCCGCGCUUGAUUUGUUUAUCACCCCCUCCUUCCCACGUUAUUUUGCAACGACUUUCAGAGGUUUACGAUUGAUCGUAUUUUUUCAAAAGUCCACAUCAUAGUCGUCUUCUCCCAGUUUGUUUUUAUCGGUGCUACUGCAGCUCUCACGUGAAAGUUUCAACACGGACCCGAAUACGACCUGUUAAUGUAUCGGAUUGUGUCGGCAAGCAUCGGGUAUCGUCGGUUGUAGACGGUUAAUACCGGGUAAUGUCGGAUGCUAUCGGCGAAGGUCGGAAUCCUAUUAGUUCCAUUGUCUAAUUGUGUGUGUAUUUGUUAUGUACAUACGUACAGCUGUUCCCCUGAUUACAAUUAUAGUUUGUGAAUUAUAACAUUUGUUGUCCACAAUUUAAAUGAUCUAUCUGGAGAUAUAUUUGUUUCUUUUGUUAAACAUUCUAUUGAUUUUUGUCAUUUUUCAUGAACAAAAUCAUGUUGAUCUCAAAUGUUAAGAUGGCUGUUUGUUUCUCACGAAUUCUAUCAUUGUAUGUCCAUAAUUGUACUUCUAGGAAUAUAUGUGUUUAUAUGUUUGUUGGCCCUACAUGUUGUGAAACUUGUUUGUGUUUGCUGUAAUGAAAAUCAUUGUGCGUAUUGUAUUAUAUUAUUCCACUACGAUGUGACACUCCCGAGGGUCCGUCAGGAUUUAUAGAUUCUGUUUCGCCUAUUUCCUACGACAAAGUUGACUGUUGUUUCCUCAUUAUUCACACGAGAAGAUUGUUGUAAGAUCUGUUUGAAACAGAAGCCUGCUAUAUCUCCAGACAGUAGACUAAUACCAUUCCGUAGGUACGGAUUGGAGGGAGUAGGACAUCUUGAUAUUGGGACAAAUUAUAGAAAUGAUAAUUUUAAAUCGCGUUUAUAAUGUACAAGUGUGGUAGUUACUAGUAAGUUUUGUCCACGUGUUGCUGAAAUCGAGCUCACGAAUUCUUUUUAAUGCGAUUUAUCUUCGUAAUUAAUACUUUUCAUCAACGGAGAUAGAUGAUAAUUCAACCAACAUACAUAAUUUAUCACCAGAGUAAACAAUAUGGCGCAGCUGGCCCGCUAUGUCUGGAUGCAAAAAGAGAUGUGGGCGUGGUUCUAGGCGGAGAACACGCUGUUAGUCAUUACUAUAUUUAAGUUAUGCGACAUACUAAAAUGGAACGUUGGUUAUAAUGCCCAAGACACUGUACUUACAAACAUCAUUUUACAUAUUCCCAUUGCGCACGAACUUCUGCCAAUUGUUGAAUGAGUAUUGGUAAUAACAAUGCUCCAUUGUAAUCGCCCAUGAUUUGUCAGUAGCUGUCUGUGUUGUUGUGAAUGUGUUUAGAUAGGCUAUGUACAUAAAGUCACUUCCAUCAUAUAUCUUUAUAUAUAUAAUAUCCCUGGAUAUUUUAAUAUGUGCGAGUGUUUUUUUUAAGAUUUCAUCUCUUAUAUUUUCUAAAUUUCACAUCCUUGUCUGUCUCGUUCAAACAUCCUUUUCACGGCAUCAAAUGCAGUUCCAACACGUCUUAGUCUGUGUCCCUUCCCAGUCCACUCAUCCCUGUAUAUGGUACGAACAUUGAAACAUACCAUCAGAUCAGGCGUCAAGAUAUCUCUUAAAAAUCACCACCAUGUUGGUAAUGUCAUUGCUAGAUCUGGAGUCGGUUAUUAGUUAUUAGUAUUGAAUCAUCGAGAUCAUCGUUAAAACUACAAUGUAUUUGGAAUCGGACAAAAAUAUAAUUUAAUUAAGAUGACAAAGGUUGUUGUAAAAAUUGUUUUUAAAGCAUAUUUCAAACGGACACCAAAAAAUUCUAGAAUUGUAUUAAUUAUUAGCGUCAUUUGGAUUCUGCUGGACUUGAGAGAUUUACAAGUCCGGAAUUCUCAAUGUCCAAAUAAGGUGUUAUUUUCAACGUUCGUACAACGGGGUUCAUAACAAACACUUCAUAAAAGAGAGAGAAAUACAUCAAUUAUCAUCAACAUCCCUCUUGUGACGUCAUUCCAUCAUCUCGUGAAUCUCCAAGAUUUGAAUAAUAUAUAUCACUUAAUAUUAUUAGGGAAAGAGUGAUGAAUAUUUAUUCCAGAAGUGCUUUUAUAUACACUUACACAAUAUUUAUUGCAAUGCGAUGCCUUAUAAAUAUGAAUAGUUCCAUCCAGUAUAAACAUGAAUAUGCAAAUCAGUUAUGAAUAUUUAUAACUGGAUUCAGAUAUAUACAAAAAGUCCAUCUCAAAUUGUGUUUUUUCUUCAUGCCAAUGUAUCGUGUCACCAUGUUCAGCUAUGGAAACUGGUUUUACCACCAACACUCUAAUAUAUACGGAAAACUUACCAAAUGAGUGUCAAAUUCAGAGGUAGUUAUUUAUUUGUGUGAUUUUAAGGGUAACGUUAAAAAUCCCGUUCCUAACAUUGACUAGAAAUGUUGAGUAAACACGUAAAUUCGAUGUGAACGUUAGUUGAUCGCCCCCCUCUUGGCUAAUAACAUACAUGAUGUGUACGCCUGGAUACGAGGCAUUGUCCAACGAAUUUCACUUGUCACCACUGAUGUUGAAAUGCAAUAAUCGUCCCGAUAAUUAAAAACGUCCAGACACAACAUAUCCACCAUUUUGGAUCAUUCAUCACCAGGUCGAGUGUAGACUGGUCGCUCGCUCAGAUCUAUCCACAAGGCAGGUCACCAAUUGUUUACUUUAACAUCUAAUUGAAUGUAAUUGCUUUUUAGAAGACUGCUCGUAAUAAAUCCUUAUUUCCUAUGUUUUACCAGUAAUUUUAUAUAACAUAUUUCCUGACCUUAUCAUAAUGCUAAUAUAAAUUAUGUUCCUGUUUUAGUCAGAAAUCUGAUACUCGUUUUCCUGUUUUAGUCAGAAAUCUGAUACUCGUUUUCCUGUUUUAGUCAGAAAUCUCAUACUCGUUUUUCCUGUAUAAGAAUUUGUAUACGAUAUUUCUUGUUUGAUACGUCAGAGCGUUUAUAUAAAAUUUGUCUAUUUUCCUCUUUGUCUUUUUCAGCACACUGAUAAAGCUUUGUUUUCUAUGUUCUAUAUCUGUAAACAAUUGGGUCUAACAGGUAACCUUGCGGUGUAGGUAGAUCUCGGCAGCGUUAAUUUGGUGUCACCAUCUUGUCCAUAACCACAUCACCCAUACCCGACUUUUAAGUGUACCUUAAACAAUAUCUGAAUGGCCAAUGUUGACUUUAUUAGAUAUUUUAUCUUUUAUUUCUAUUUCAUAAAUUAUUGUAUUAUUUUUAAGAGAAAUAUGAUAAUGUAUAGAUAUAGAUGAUUUCAUGUAGCCUUUCUUCCUGUCUACUAAUGAGGGAUAUGUAUUUUCUCUGAACAUAUUGUUUGUCUUACUGAUGGUACUUUUGGAAAACGGACCUACGCCAAUAUUUAAGUAUCAAAAUUUCUAUCGGAGAAUUCUGCAAAAGAUAACAACCAUCUCCGAUAAUUUAGGUUUACAGUGUUGUACAAUUAUAUAUACUUUAUUCUAAAUUGAAAGUAUUACUCGCGAUAUAACUAAUCAAUUUUUCGCAAAUUGUAAGUGUCCUGUUUGACAUAGUUCACAUGAUGGCCCAAACUAACAUCAGUAUGACAAUAUAAUAUGUGUUUUCCUCUCGGUGUUUAUACAAUAAUCGGUGUCAGUGUGAUGGUGUUCAGACAAAGCCAGACCGGCUGAUAUAUACAUGGCCUGUACACACAGCUUACGUGAGUUUUUGUCGUCCCGUUCCCCUGUAGUAGUUUUGUAAGAAUCUUGUACAACUUCCACAUGUUGCUGAUUCGAACGUAGGUAUUUACCGUGUCACAUUCGAAAUUAGUAGUAUUAGGUUUUGUUGUACAUGUGAACGAUUUCUAGGUGAAUACACACGGGUGUUUAAGUUAGAGUGAUAAAAGAAUUAUCAUUUAAAUUGUACAGCUGGUUACAGUUUUUAUUUUUCUAUUUUCGUUUUUUUAUGAAUUUUCUCUGUUCUAAAUGAACAGAGAUAAAACACUUGUUUUAUAUUGCUAUAAUCAAAAAUUUAAUAAGAAUCAUUCCUGAUAGACAAGGGGGGAUUUUGAAUGUAAUAAGCAGACUUCUUAAAUGUCUACGUUCAAAUGACCAACGAUUUAUUGUAUUGAGAAGCAGGUUGUUAUGUAAUAAGCAUGCUGUCAAAGGAGACAUUCUGUUUUACGGAAAUAAACUUUACUGAAAAUA